AUGGCGGCCGCACCUUAUGGUAGACUGCUUCUGCUGCUGCUUCUACUGACCUGUUCCCAGGGCUUUGUUGACGCGCGUCGCCUGAACCGUUACGUGCGCCACUUCGAGCCCCUGUCGUACGAGCCACGGCGGGUGCACAGGGAACACGUUCGCGUCAGGAGAUCCCUGGGUGGCAGCAGCUCGCAGCACGGCAUCGUUUACUUCCGCUUCCAAGGAUUCGACAGGUUGUUUCAUCUGAAGCUGAGGCCAGAUGCGUCCGCCUUUCACAAGGACCUCGAGGUCGAGACUGCGAGCCGCGGUCGAGUGAAGCCGGACAUAGGUCACAUCUACAGCGGCGAACUGAUUGGCGAUCCCUCCAGUCGGGUAUACGGUGGCCUGCACGACGGCGUCUUCGAAGGUUCCAUCCAGUCCCGCUGGGGUCGCUUCUACGUCGAAGGGGCGCACAAGUUCUUCGCACGGCGCACGCCCUUCCACUCCGUGAUGUACGCCGCCAAAGACGCCAGAAUACCCGACGCAGGAUGGUGCGGCGUCAACAGCGAGACCACGCGCUGGAUGCAGGAGCUUGCGGCUUCUACCAAGCUAGCCGAAAGGCCGUCAUCAAGGGUACAAGAUGAAAAGCAGCGCAGCUCCAGGAGUGAGCAUUGGACGAAUAGGAAACUUUUAGAAGAACACGAAUCUGAGGAGUCGCACCCCGACACGGAAAACGUUGGCAGCGUGGCCAGCCUUGUGAAGGACAGCGCGCCGACAUUGCGAGUCUGCGGCCUGCACAUCGCCAUCGACCAUCUGCUGUACAAGAAGUACCUGGAACUGGACGGCGACGAUGUGCGCACGCGCGAGCGCAUCUCCACGCUGAUCGCGGGUCACGUGGCUCGCGCUUCUGAGAUCAACGAUAGCUGUGCGAACAAGGCCACCGAUUUCUGUCAGGAGAACAUGGACGCGGCCCUGCUGCUGCUCACCACAGCGCGGACCGCCAACUACGACGACUACUGCCUGGCGUUCACGUGGACCUAUCGAGACUUCGCCAAUGGCGUCCUCGGUCUGGCCUACGUGGCCAAUGCGACCGGUCACACCAUGGGUGUGUGCGACAAGAACCGACUGGUGCCGAGGGACAAGUCGGGUACAAAGUUCGGGCUGUCCAAGCUCAGUCUCAACACGGGCAUCAUCACGUUCCUCAACUACGGCGACCACGUGGCCCGCGUAGUGAGCGAAACCGCCUUCUGCCACGAGAUGGGACACAAUUUCGGAUCACCCCACGACGAACCAGAUAGCAGUCCGUGCGUUCCGAAGGACAAGAACGCUGGCACCUACAUCAUGUACUGGCAGACUACGAAAGGCACCCUUCCCAACAACCACCACUUCUCGCCGUGCAGCAUCUCAAACAUCAGCAACGUCAUCAAGCCCAUGCUGCAGGGCACCAGCAAGCGGGAGAACUGCUUCGAAGCUGACAGCGGACCGAUCUGCGGCAACAACUUGGUCGAAGGGGAGGAGCAGUGUGAUUGCGGCUACACCGAGUCCCAGUGCCAAGAAAAGUGCUGCUACGCUCGCAAAAACAGCGUCAAGGCUCGAGGGUGCACCCUCAAGCCAGGCGCUGCUUGCAGAUUGAGCUUUGAUAGCUGCUACGCAUUUAAAAAGCCCGCGGGUCAUUACGGAGCUACGAUCCUUCACAAGAUUGUCAGCGGCCUCAAUGCCUCCUGCCCCGUGGGGAAAGCGAAGCCUAACAACACCGUUUGCAACAGCGGCACGCGGGUGUGCAUCGCAGGCGAAUGUGUCGGCUCGAUUUGCCUCAAAUACGGCAUGUGGCCGUGCUUCCUUACGGGAAAUCAGUACACGGUCGACGAGAAGUGCCGCAUCGCCUGCGAGUACGAAGGAAAGUGUAACGACGCUUGCCACUAUCCCGCCAUGAAGUCGCUUUGCGGGGCCAAGAUGCCACCGGGCUCCGUUUGUGAUGGACAUGGCUACUGUGACAUCUUCCAGAAGUGUCGCUACUCGGACGAGCUCGGAUCGCUGACGAAACUUGAGGAUGCGCUGUUUGCGCCUAAAACCUAUAAGUCUGUCGAAGAAUAUAUUAAGUCGCACCCGUUCAUGUCUGUAGUGUACCUGCUCCUGUUCGUGGCCCUCAUGGCGCUGUUCUUCCACUGCUUCGCCGUGCACACGCCGAGCAGCCACCCACUGAGACCACAGGCCAACCGUCUGAAAGCCUUCGUGCAUAGGUGA